UGUGUUUUUGUGGCUUUUUCCAAAUCUUUUGUGUAGUUUUCCAGAACAAUUGUGCAUUCCAGUUGCAGUGAACUUUUUCCCACGCACAAAGAAAGUUUUAAAUGAAAUGCAUAUGGUGUAAGUGGCGCCAACCACAGCAGCAAAGUAAACCUUGUGAAUGAGUUGUGCGGGCCGCUUGGAGAUAGAGAACCAAAAGUUAUGAACAUCGGAAAUGGACCCACAACUUCGGCGAAGCGACAAUAUUGCCGGUUAUGUUUGGGAAAGGAAGAGCAACUAUUAGAUAUUUUCAGUGCGCCGCAAACCACAAAUCGGAAGGAACCUUUGGCGGUGCGAAUACAGGGCUGCCUGCAGCUGGAUAUCACGCUACAAGACAGUCUACCGAAAUGGAUCUGCAAACGGUGCUUGGAGAAGAUAGAUGACUUUACCAGCUUUCGGGAUCGUUGCAAACAGAACGAGCGUAAACUACUGCUGGGGGAGGUUGAUGGUCCAGAAGUAAGUUUUCCCGUUGAUGGCGUUGCUGACGCACAGCCGGACAAUGAUGAUGAUGAAGAAGAAUUGGAAAUGAUUGUUAUCGAUCCGUCACAAGAUUACGAAAGCUCGAACGACAGUCUUCCAAAUGAAGCUUAUGGUGAGAAAUCUGUGACGACCGAUACUUACCUUCCGCCGCUGGGGCCCUUUGGCUUUCAACCUGAACCAACCGCGGAAGAAGAGGACGGCGAAGGUUCCGAGAUAGAAGAAGGCGAAGAGGAAGAAGAGGAGGACGAUGAAGGGGAAACCAAAUGUGAUUCAGUAGCGGAAGAAACGCGCAAUGGAUUACCGUCACAUACGGGCAGUACCACCACUCCCACAAAGAAAACGGUCGUUUAUACGUGCAAGUACUGUGACGUAGCGUUUGGUGCAGCUUCCGCCUGUCAGUUGCACGAGAUGCAGAAUCAUGACCUGUUGGCACCGUACGAUUGCAUCUACUGCCAGUAUAAAACCUCCAUCCGGACGUAUCUGAUUACGCACAUACGAGAUUCCCACAGUCUAACCCGACCGUACAUUUGCGUGCAGUGCAAUAAGGGAUUCUUGCGCCGGUCCGAUCUCAAAAAGCACACGUUCGUUCACACGGGCAUUCGACCGUACGCGUGCGAUCAGUGCAGCAAAACCUUUUCGCGCAACACGAAUCUCAAGAAGCACAUGCGUACCCAUCUCGGGUUGAAACCGCACGUGUGUCAACUUUGUCCACGAUCGUUUGCAAACAAGGCGGAUCUAGUACGGCACCGGAGUUACCAUACGGAACAGGAAACGCAAUACUCUUGCAUACGGUGUGGAAUGUUGUACACGCAGAAGGAUAAGCUGUACGAGCAUGAGCGAUAUUGCAUGGGGAAGUCGUCUUUGUAUGGUUUGGGGUCGACUGCGCUAGUGGAGCCAAUGAAACAUGAAACACCGUUCGUGGGUGGUUUGAUUGGUGCCCAAAUUCCACCCCUUUCACUGCCAAGUGUACCGGUGGAACUUACCCGAACUGAACCGAUCGUAAAUGAUCCGCCGAGCUUCGACAGUGGCGACGCAUUGCUCACUUCGAACGUUCCCCAGACUCCACCUUCGAGUAAGAUUUACAAUUGUUCGAAAUGCCCGAAACGGUUCCUCAGCAAAGCGAGCCUUCGUGCACACGAGAGUAUCCACCCGGCUAAUGACAAGGGUAAUUAUGAAUGUCGUCGGUGCGAUAAACAGUUCGUCAUUAAGCGUGAUUUCGACCAUCAUCUCCAAACGCACCCGGAGCUUAAACCGUAUCAGUGUACUACCUGUAGCAAACGGUUCUCUCGCAGAGAUAAACUCCACCGUCACGAGCGUAUCCAUCAACAGGAACGAAAUUUCUCCUGUCCGGACUGUUCGGCGAAAUUCGCACGGAAGGAUGCGUUCGAGGCGCACCUUAAGAUUCAUUGCAGUCCAAACGUCGACGGUUCACUAGCAACAGGACUGCUUUCCUCGAUGGGACAUACACUUGGCACGGAGAUGAUGGUACCGAUGUCGAUGCAACAACAUUCCCUGCUGUAUUCCAUGGUUAGGGAAGAUGGCACGAUGGCGGUCGAUCCAUCGAUUAGUAUGUGAACCGCUGGGCUGGUGUGAAGCUUAAUAUGGAAGUAGAUAAUUCGGAAGCACAAGCGAUAUUUCUUCUUACCAUCUCGAGUAAGAUUCAUGUUAACGUUAGGACAGUGUAAAAGGAGUGUACUAAUAAUAGUAUCUUUCUUUCUAAGAAGCCAUUCUCAAAAAUAUUGCUAUCGAUCAAAAGAAUCGCUCUCGAUAUCUGUUAUCGAUGUUUUUUUGUUGUAAAAAGAAAGGGCAAGUCUUUUGUAAUUUAAAAAAAGGAAAAAAAUCAUCUACAUACUAGCAUACUAGCAUGGAGAUAAAAGUGUAUGAUACAAUGUUAGAUAAAACUCUUGAUUAGUUUCCGCAAACCGCAAACGUGCUACUCUGGUUUACGUAACAAAAUAUUCCACAAACGCCAUAGUGUAGUCUGUUCUGCUAGGGUAAGCGUCCACUCUAACAUUUACUCUACUACCUUACAACCUUAUUUAUGUAUAGAUAAUGAUAGAAUCGGAGUGAUCUCCCUUCUUAGUGCGGCGGUACAAUACUACAUAGCAUAAUUGAUAGCUGUAUAAGAAAACUCUAUUUACACCACACAAGUGUUUCAUCAAAAAUACAUAACUAAAA